AUGGGUAUUCAAGUGAAUAGCAUCAAGUUUGACCACUUUGUUGAUGAAAAGAAUGAGCUGAAGUCUUUGGCAGGAACAAGUAAAAAAUCUGUAACUGUUAUUAAAAUAUUCUAUCGCACAGGUUCCGGAUGGUUUGUGUCAGCUUUUCUCGUGGUCAACGCGACACUGGGAGCCGGACUUCUAAACCUCCCUGUAGCCUACCAUCAGGCUGGUGGGGUCUUGUCAGCUGUGAUAGUCCAAACCGUAAUGCUGGUAUUUAUUGUGUUGACUCUACUCAUCCUUGGGUACUGUUCUGACAUCAAGGGAAGCAACACCUACCAAGACGUGGUUCUCUCCCUGUGUGGACCUAAAGCCCAGCUAGCUUGUGCUGUCUGUGUCUCACUCUUCAGCUUUGGCUUGUGUAUCACGCUCCUCAUUAUAAUAGGCGACCAGUGGGAAAUAUUUUUCCUGAAAGUAGCCUAUGACGUCUACUGUAAAACAAACCCAUUCUACAUGACAAGAGCUUUCACUAUAUCAGCCACAUCCAUAGUCUUUAUACUGCCGUUAUGUUUUCCUAAAAGAAUCGAUUUUUUAAGAUACGCCAGUGUUGUUGGUGUUCUGGGAAUCUUGUACGUUGUCGUACUUGUCACCGUCCGAUAUUUCCUGCCUCACGACAGCCCUGGUACCAUCGCCACACGGCCGAAUUCAUGGGUUGAUGUUUUUCUUGUAGUUCCAGAAAUUUGUUUUUCUUAUCAGUGUCAUGUCAGUAUCAUCCCUGUAUACUCGUGUAUGGCCAAGCGUAACAUUAAAGAGUUCUCUAAAACAGUAUCACUUGCUAUGAUAUUGUGUAUCAUAACUUACACAGUCACAGCAGCUCUUGGCUAUCUACAGUUUGGUAACAGCAUUACAAAUGACAUACUGCUGUCGUUUAACCCUACAGCUGAGGUGAUGGUGGCUGUAGUUCUUGUGGCUGUCAAGACUUACACCACAUAUCCUAUAACAUGCUUUUGUGGCAAGGCUGCACUUGACACAGUAUGGAAAACGCUUCGGAAAAUGACCCCAGAGGAAAGUUUUCACAGAGAAAAGACGAGACGUGUCAUAACGACAUUGGUGUGGUUCACCUUGACCCUGCUGUUCUCUAUCUACAUCCCCAAUAUAGGCGUGGUCAUACAACUCCUGGGGGCAUUAGCUGCAGUCUUUAUUUUUAUAUUUCCAGGUCUUUGCUUGUUAAAGAUUACGGAAAACAGAAUCGACUCGUGCGAGAAUCAACCCAAGACAGUGUACUUGUUAAAGGGGAUGGCUAUCGUCCUUCUGAUUGUUGGUGUGUUUAUCUUUGGCCUGACAUUGUCACAGGCUGUUAUACAAGACAUUCGUGGUGUUGUGUUAGACCAUUCGGAGUUUACGUGUGCCUAG